AUGGCUCCUGAGCAGUACAAUGGAUUGCCGUAUGAUGGACGCCAGAUAGAUGCAUGGAGCCUCGGCGCCUCAAUUUAUACAACGCUGAACGGAGAUGUGCUCUUCGAGGCACCGGACAGCAAUGACAGUCUGUUCCGGAUUUUCAUGGAAGAAGGAACUUUUCCGCCAAAUGAAGACGAGGACAUUGACGGCAUGGACCAAGAGACUAAAAACGUGAUUAUAAGUCUAAUGUCACCGGUGGAGACUCGAUGGUCGUUGGAAAUUUUGUUACGUUCUGAGUGGAUGAAUGAUCCGCACAGCUACACGCCGAGCUUCCCGAUUCUUCCAAAAUGGCGUGCC